GUAAGUGUCUUUCUCUCUCGUUCUCCUUACUCAUCUGUUUCUGCUGGCUGAGAGGAAGGGCACCUGCCGCUCCCUGAUGAUUCAGCGUUCAGCGAGUCGACUUCAGCAGACAGCAUGUAUCCGCAGUGCUUGGCCGUCCCGUCUUCGUCUCUCCAGCUGCUGCAGCUGCAGCCGGCCCGCCUCAUGCUUCAUCAAAGCUCAGCAAAUGUGAGGCUUGUCUUUAUAGACUGAUUCUGGUGUUUCCUCUGAGAAAGCAUGAAUAAGGAUCUCCUCUUCCUCGUGUGCAGACUGUCUUCAAAGCUCAGAGAGUGUUAACAACGUUGUAAUCUCCUAAAGCUGACCAUGGAACACAAACAGGAGCCGACGGGACGCAGACAGACGCUCUGUGAUGCUCUGGGUUAGAACUCUUCAUCCUCCAGCAGGACAGGAUGACUGAGGGCACGGACGACUUCUCUGCAGGGCCGCCCCCCCCUCCUGCAGCGGCCUCCCCCACCAGCUCGACUGUCGACACCGGACGAGUCCCGGAGGAGAAACCAAAGGAGAAACAGGAAGAGGCAGAGGAAGAGGAGGCAGCUGGUCAGAGCGGGGAGGAGGCUGCAGAGGGAGACGCAGAGGCCGGUGCUGAUGAUGGCGAGCACAUGGGGGCUGUGGGCAUCAUGGCGUUGGCGGGGAGCUGCUGUGUGUGCGUAGAGAUGGAACAGAUUAGAAACUGUGUGCACUCAGAGAAAAUCUGCAUCCUGCCCAUCCUGGCCUGCCUGCUCAGCCUCGCUCUCUGCACCGCUGGACUCAAGUGGGUCUUUGUGGAUAAGAUCUUUGAGUACGAACCACCCACUCACCUUGACCCUAAACCCAUCGGACAGGACCCUUUCAUCAUCUCAGCCGACCCCACGCUGGGACUAACUGUGUCCGUCCCUCUCUCAUCUCUUUCCCCCACCUCUCUAACCUCAGCCCCCCUGACUUCCACCUCCCUGAGCCCCUCCAUCACAGUGGAACGUCAUGCACUCACGCCGGGACAUCCAGAUGUUUUCCUGGAAGACAAAUCCACAAGAGGGCCGAAGGUUCCUCCUGAUCCCUCUGUGACCCUGAAGUACAACGCUGAACGUCCCAGCACUACCAAACAGACCCCCCACCCUCUGACAACACAGGAGACCAACGACAUCAUCCCAACAGUCUCUGCCACCAGCACCACCACUAAAGCUAAGACCUCCAGUCAUGUGACGCGCUGCAGCAACAGCCAGAGGAACUACUGCGUCAACGGAGGAGAGUGCUUCACCCUUGAAAUCAUGCCCGGCAGCACAAAGUUUCUCUGCAGGUGUCCAAAUGAAUUUACAGGUGAUCGCUGCCAAAACUAUGUAAUGGCCAGCUUUUACAAAGCCGAGGAGCUGUAUCAGAAACGUAUUUUAACAAUAUCAGGAAUCUGCAUUGCUCUCCUAGUCGUUGGAAUCAUGUGUGUGGUUGCCUACUGCAAAACAAAGAAGCAGAGGAAGAAACUUCAGGACCGUCUGAGGCAGAGUCUGAGGACAAAGAAGAAGAAGCAGAAAAACACCAAAACUGGUCCCAAACAGGCGAGCUCAGCCAGAGGACAACACAUCACAAACAUGCCUCUUCAAGAUCUGCAGCCUCAAUCUAACGGGACGAGCGCGCAGCAUGCAGCUGACAAGGACACGGAAACAACCUUCACAAGCAAGAAUGCCUUUCCUGCUCAUGAACACACAACGUUCACACACGUCUCCAGCCAAAGGUUUAUACCAUCCCUGACAUCCCCUGGGUCCAGGACGUCCCUUACGACUCCAGGGUCUCCUCCGUCAGAGAUGUCCGUCCCCAUCUCCAGCCUGGCCGUCUCUGUCCCAUCUGUGGCUUUAAGCCCGUCUGGGGAAGAGGAGCGCCCCCUGCUGUUGUUGAACAACCGUCGAACACGAGAUGAACAGAAGAGGUCCUCUGCUCACUACAAUCACGGCCAUGUGGCUCACAGUUUACCAGCGAGCCCACUAUUACCUGACAAGAAAGGUGACUGCCAAGUCAUAGGUGAGCAUGAAGACACCGCUGGCAGCCAGGUGUUCUCACCAGAUAAUCUACCUGAGACAAACAUGAAGAGAGCAGAGGUCACACACAGCAUGGAGUCCAGCUGUGAUAGCAUGCCAACAGAUGACAUUCAUGGGGAACAAACGCCCUUCAUCGCCACAGGAAGUCAGUCAGCUCGACUGCUUGAGGUUUCAGAUGUCAGCAGGACUAACACAGCAGCACCACUCAAUGACCGGCGAGACGAAUCUUCAUGUCCCACCAACAAACCAGAUCCAGAGUCAGUGUGAAAAAAAAUAAUAGUCACCAUUAAACCUUUAUUUUCUAUAAACAAUUUGCUGUAAAUGGAAAAUAAGACUUUUAUUUUAGUGAUGUAGUAAAUACAGAGUUUUAUAAAAAGUAAAAAUGUGUUCAUGUCUUGUAGGUAAAGUGCCAUACGCUGGUAUGUAGCAACGGUUCACAGUAUAUUUCAGUGCAGAACUAAUAUCAAGGUGCCUUUCUGUUUGUUAUGCUUAACUGCAGCAAUGCAUUCUGGGCCGUAUAUUCACCAUCUUAAUGUUACAGUCAUCAAUAACCUGCUGGCUCAUUUUGAAGUACCCACCAAUGACAGAUUGACGAUAAACGUUGGCCUUUGAGGUGCAUGCUGCGUCCUUAUGCUGUCAUGAAAAAGAAACAUUCAUUUCCUCUGCUGGUUGAUCACCUUAUGAACACCUGGACUGAUGUCAACCAUGAAUCAGCUCAUUACCUGCAUUUCUGAGAAGAUAUUCAUGAUCAGAAUUUCUAUUGCUGACUGUUUGAUCCAGAAUCUUACAAGAAACUGUGAGAUGAAGGUGCAGUCAGUAAAUAUUUAUUAAUCAUUUAUUACUAAUAAUGUGCUCAAAUCAAAUCAGUUUGUUAAUCUGAGUAAUUCAGAUUCAUUGUUUUUAUGAAACUAGGAAACUGCACUAACAAAUUCAUAACGUAAAGAUAAAAAAAACUAUUAAUGUAUGCAUAAAAAAACAAAGAAUGUAAAGCAGCGGCCUCAACAUCCUGAAAAGAAAAGUUUGCUGGAUUCUACAUUUUCACAGAUGUUCAUAAAUGCCUUUAAAAUCUGUUUAACGUCUUUUGUAAUGACUCAGUUAAACUUAAGCAUGAAGACCAGCAGCUUUAUUCUUCCAAAGAAAACGAGUGCCCUCCAUCCAGUCAUGGUGCUGAUUGCAUCUUUAAAUGUGCACUACACAGAAGAAUGAAUAAAUGUCUAAUUUUGUCCGUCCAGAAGUCGUCAUGUGUUCCUGAGCAAUGCAUUCUGGGGUUCAAAGAAACUGGUAAAGAGACAAAAAUGGUAAUCUGUUUUCAUUUUUUUAUCUUGUCGUAUAUUCUGAUGAGUAAUUGUACUUUUCUGAUAUCUUACACUUCACUUCUUUCAAACCUCCCCAUCUUGUGUUAACGUGUGCGGUCAUGUGAUAAAAAAACAGCCAAAAUGCUAACAUGCUAACAUGAACAUCUAACUGACUCUAAACUCCAGAUUGAACUUAAUAAAAUAACAUUUAUUUGACUCUGUAAUCAAACAUAGACUCUUCAGAUGUGUGUGUAGAAUCAAUCUAGUAUAACAGUAUGACAUUGUGCUGACCUAUAAGGAGUGCUUUCAUAGCGGCCUACUUCUGAAUUUUAUAUUUUAUUAUUACAUAUAAUUAAUUUGGUCGUUAUCAAUGAAAAAAAUAAUAAUUGCUGUUAUAAAUUAUAUUUAUGCAGACAGGAUGUUAAAGAUAUAAAGCCAUGUUUGCGACUUGGUUAUUAAAGAAAACAAUACUGUGCAUAUUUUGUCACUUGUAUGUUAAAUAAGUCUCAUUUCAUUGCUUUAAAUGAUGUUAAUACACAUGAAAACCUGCAACGGCUGUUUUUUCUUAUUACAUAUUAAAUCAGUUUUGUGUUUUGUGA